ACUCACUCACCGUCAUUUCUCGCUUUCCAUUUAUUUAUUUAUAUUUGGCAUUUUUCUUCUUCUUUGUUUUCCCAUCGCAUGAAUCGUUUUUCGAUUGAACUCUUCGACAUUUUUGUUUGUUAAUGCACCAAACUUUUAUUUAAAGCACGUGAUUGCUUUGCCUCAUUUCAAUUUCAUCUUCUACGUUCUUCUUGUGAAAAGAAUGCCAGAUUUGAGAGGUGGAACUCGACGAUCAAAGAGGAUCAAUGAUAACCAGGAGAACCCUGCUGCCGUAGCUCCAACUGCUCAGCGUGGCACUGCUACUAGAGGUAGAGGUAGAGGUAGAGGGCGCAGAGCAAUGAAUCAGGAUGACAAUGCCAAGCUUGUUGGCCCUAGUGCCUGUGUCAGGGAUGGAGCAGGAAUAAACUUGCCGGCAAGGCCCGUAAUUGAGAAGACUGCAGAAAGAUUGGUUGCUGUUGAGGAAGAAGGAAGCACUAGUCCACUUCCUGAAAAGGUACAGCUUGGAAAUUCUCCUGUGUACAAGUUAGACAGAAAGCUGGGUAAAGGGGGUUUCGGACAGGUUUAUGUUGGAAGAAGGAUCUAUGAUGGCACAGGGUGCACUGGGGCAGAUGCCUUUGAGGUUGCUUUGAAACUUGAGCAUCGAAAUGGUAAGGGAUGCAGUUCUGGUCCUCCUUAUGAGUGGCAAGUGUACAGCGAUCUUAAUGGUUGUUAUGGACUUCCUUUGGUUCACUACAAAGGUCAACUGGGAGGCUACUACAUCCUUAUCAUGGAUAUGCUAGGUCCAAGCUUAUGGGAUGUUUGGAAUUCAAACAACCAGAUGCUGACAGAAGAGAUGGUCGCUUGUAUAGCAGUGGAGGCAAUAUCAAUUCUUGAGCAGCUUCAUCAGAAAGGUUUUGUGCAUGGAGAUAUUAAGCCUGAGAACUUUUUGCUUGGUCAGCCUGGGACUGUAAAUGAGAAGAAGUUGUAUCUAAUUGAUCUUGGUUUGGCUUCAAGAUGGAAGGAAACAGGUUCUGGACGCCAUGUUGAUUAUGACCAAAGACCUGAUGUGUUUAGGGGAACCGUGCGUUAUGCGAGUGUGCAUGCUCAUUUGGGCAGGACUGGUAGUCGAAGGGAUGACCUUGAAUCAUUGGCUUACACACUAAUAUUUCUACUUAGAGGAAAACUUCCCUGGCAAGGUUACGUUGGAGAGAACAAAGGAUUCCUUGUUUGUAAGAAAAAGAUGGCAACUUCUCCCGAAAUGCUUUGCUACUUGUGCCUUCCACCUUUUCAACAGUUUCUCGAUACUGUGACAAAUAUGAAAUUUGAUGAAGAGCCAAAUUACUCGAAGCUCAUUUCCCUUUUUCAUAAUAGCAUAGAUUUCAAUUCAUCAAUACUCCCUAUCCUAAUUGAUGGUGCUAUUAAGGUGGGUCAAAAAAGGGGAAGAUUAGUUUCUGAGUUGGAAGAUAGUGAGCCACUUAAGAAGAAACUCCGACUAGGAGCUCCUGCUUGUCAGUGGAUCUCUGUCUAUAACUCCAGACCUUCAAUGAAGCAGAGAUAUCACUACAAUGUUAUGGAUUCAAGACUCUACCAACAUGUGGAGAAGGGGAAGGAAGAUGGCUUGUAUAUUAGCUGCGUAGCUUCAUCAUCGAAUCUGUGGGCCAUUAUUAUGGAUGUGGGGACAGGUUUCACAUCUCAGGUUUACGAGUUAUCGCCUAUCUUUUUGCAUAAGGAGUGGAUAAUGGAACAGUGGGACAAGAAUUGCUACAUCACUUCAGUUGCUGGUGCUAGCAAUGGCAGUGCACUCGUUGUCAUGUCAAAGGGUACACCCUACACACAACAGUCCUACAAAGUUUGCGAUGUAUUUCCUUUCAAAUGGAUUAAUAAGAAAUGGAAAGAAGGCUUUUCAGUGACCUCAAUGACCACUGCAGGCAACAAAUGGAGCGUUGUCAUGUCCCGGAAUGCGGGCUAUCCUAGACAGGUUGUUGAACUCGAUUUCCUUUAUCCAAGUGAGGGGAUUCAUAGAAGAUGGGAAAAAGGAUACCGGAUUACCUCAGCGGCCGCUACAGAUGACCAAGCAGCAUUCAUACUUAGCGCACCCAAGAGAAAAUCACAAGACGUGAUGCAAGAAACUUUGCGUACAUCUGCUUUUCCUAGUACCCAUGUAAAGGAUAAAUGGUUGAAGAAUCUGUAUAUUUCAUCCAUUUGCUAUGGAAGGACAGUUUCGUGAAGUUUGGUAUUUAGAUGAAGAAACUACAGAUACAAGUUGAAGGCAGAUAUUUGCACGUCGCUUGCCAUUCUGGAGUCCAUACC